AUGGAGAGUGGAAAAAGUUCCACUGAUAGUGGAAAACUUAGAGAACAUCAACGAACUCACAUGGGCAAAAAACAAUUUCAAUACAGGGAGUGUGGGACUCACACAGGGGAGAAACCAUUUAAAUGCCUGGAGUGCGGAAAGAGCUUUAGUGAGAAUGCAACACUUACAAGACAUCAACAAACUCACACUGGGGAGAAACCAUUUAAAUGUAUGGAGUGCGGAAAGAGCUUCAGUCAGAAUAGUAAUCUUAAAUUGCACCAGAGGAUUCACACAGGGGAGAAACCAUAUAAAUGUAUGGAGUGUGGAAAGAGCUUCAGUCAGAGUGGACACCUCAAUAUACAUCAACAGACUCACAUGGGGGAGAAACCAUUUAAAUGCCUGGAGUGCGGAAAGAGCUUUAGUGAUAAAGGAACACUUAGAAGACAUCAACAGAUUCACACAGGGGAGAAACCAUAUAAAUGCAUGGACUGCGGAAAGAGCUUCAAGCAGAGUGGGCACCUUAGAAAACAUCAGCAGACACACAGCGGAGAAACCAUUUAAAUGUAUGGACUGUGGAAGCAGCUUCAGUCAGAGUGGAACCCUUGAUUUAUGUCAACAAACUCACACAAAACACAAACCUUAUAUAUAUGAGGAAAGUAGAUAGAGGUUCAGUCCUAGUGGAAGUUCUAAAUCAACAGACUCACGGACAGGAAGAACUUUAGUACUUGAAACCUGUCAGAUGCUUAAUGCUGUCCAGCUGGCAUAGAUAAGACUCCGGGCUCCCAGCCAGUUCCAAACUAUUUGAUUUAUUUGACAAAGUUCAAAAGUACAUCUCCAGCGUUUCAAUUUGCGUCCUUCCCCUUUGUUGCACAGUUGCCGCGUCUACUCUUUCUUUUUCCUUUUCCGUACCCAGCAUGCAAGUCUGUGGAAACCCCUCCCCUGACUUCCUCUGUGUACAGAAUGACUUGUUCCAGGCUCAUCCUCCUCCCUCUCUACGUCAGACCCACUGUCGGACGACAGGCUGCUAAUGAUCUCUUUAGGCUCUCUAUAAUUGCUGGUUUCUGUUCUUUCAUCUUUUCCCGUUUGCCUCUCCCUGACAAAACCCUUCAAACCAUCUACAACCUCAAAGAGGAGAAGCAGUUUAAAUGAAAAGAUUGCAAAAAGUGCUUUAUUUAUAAAGGAGUGUUUAUCUGGAUUGCUGGUGGUCAGUGAGGAUUAGGGCCGGGCGAUAUAUUGUUCCAAACUGGUUUCUAGACCACAUCGUGAUAGCCUUCCAAAAGCAAUGGAUAUGGCAACACGCCACAGAUCACACUGUGUGUUUCUGGGAUGCUGAUUUGCCUGGAAGCAGCCGGCAGAAAGCUUUUCUUUGUGAAGCCCCUGCAGAUGCUGAGUUGCUGGCUUCCCUCCCAGACGACAGAAAGCGAAAGACACACCUCCAUUGCCCUGCGUCCUUCCAGCCUCUUUCCUCCCUUGCUCCCUUCUGCUGGUGUGUCUGCCUGACUUAGAUAUCCUGUGUACUGUAUUUUUUUACUGCUGAAACUGGAUUUGCUCUCAGGAGCUAAGUUUUGUGCCUCACUGGGGACCCAGUGAGAACUGUAUGCUUUGAAAGCUAAGUAAACUAUUACUGAAGAAGUC